AUGAUGCUGUCAGCUGAUACCAACCUCCUCAUCCCGCAGGCCUCAGGUAUCAAAACGGGCAAUGCCGUAUGCCCGAUCCAGACUCAGCAAGCACACAAAUCAUACUUGGAUUUUCUCGAUAGCGAGGAGGUUAUUGGAACCGGUUAUACGUAUGUUCUUUGGGGCGGAGACGCAUUCCAAGAUGAUGGCCUCGUGUGGGAUAUCUUCAACGAGAAAGGCCAGAUCCGAAUCACGGGCGCGAGGAUCAUGUUUAAUAUUAGUGCAGACAACUACAAGAUUCACGUAAAGGAUUACGCGAAUGGAAAGAUCGAGACGGUUCCAAUGCAUGAAAAGUUGCCACUUCCGUUGCUCGCGCAGAAGGUGGGGAUGGUCCACGAGAGGUUUGCGGAUGGGGAGUUUGAUCCUACGUUUGAGGAUGCGGUGUUUGCCUCAAAUCAGGAUGGUGGCUCGGUGCAGGCGUUCGGGUUUGAGAAAUGGGGACCUCUUUAA